AUGUCUUCAAUUCAAAGCGGCGUCCCGGACAUAAACUGUCUCGAGCCCAAUAAUCCUGCUUCAAAUACGGUCAACCCAAUGUUAAGGGUCUCUCCUGAACCCGGUGAUGUCUUCCAGCAGGUUUUCGCACUGUCCAUGGCCUCGAACGCUCUCUAUACCUUGAAAGGAGAGCAGGACGCCCUCCUAAACUGCCUGCAGACCAAGCUACCCGGUAUCAUCUCAGCUAUCGGUGGCCACCCUAGCGUCACCUUCGAUGACAGCGGCACACGCGAGGCAUACGUAGUAGCUGUCGCUGGGACAAAUGCCAGCUCGAUUUAUGGCUGGUAUGAAAACCUCGCAGUAGGCAGGGUAGUGGACUUUUCCGCAUGGGUGGGAGGCGGAAUCACUCAACUUCCGGUACCAGUGAACAGGGGGAACAUUGUUCCGACCGGGGCAUACGUAGCAUAUGGGACAGCCGCUGCUGUACAUACCUUGCUUACUGAGCCUUCCCCUCCAGGAUCAGUAUCUGCGGGUCUCAAACUGCAUGAAUACCUGACUAAUAUACUCGCGCCGGAGUCGACGACAGUGGUGUUCACGGGACACAGUCUCGGUGGAACCUUGUCUCCUACGUUAGCGCUUGCGCUUGCCGGAUCGGAUGCCCUGAAAGGCGAGGGGCUCGCGUGGUGCACGAAGCGAAUACUCUCACCUGCGCAGAACGUGAAAAACAUACCGUCCAUAUACGGUGUUCCAGCUAUACCAUUCAUCGAAUUCGUCGUGUUUUGGCUCAUAGCCAAUGUCAACAAAUCACACAUCGUGUACGCUCCACUCCCGAGCUGCAUCCUGCCGGGCGGCAAGCCUGAAGUGACCCCUGGAAACGUGGCUGAGUUUCUGGGUGUCGCAUUGGGGAAUCACAAUACAUUUUAUAACGAUGUGUUUGGCGUGAAGUUGCCAGAUUUGGAGUGCGAGGAGCUCACAAAGAAGACGGAGGAGGAGAUAUCGAGUGGGGAAAGGAACACCCUGCUGAAGUGGAGGCUGCAGUGGCUGCGCUGCAGGCAAGCGGCGUACUCGACGACGAUGAGGAGUGAAGAGUUCAAAUAUUCGAAUGGGCCUUGGAGCGAACACACGGUACGCAGUCUGAUUAAGAUCACAUCCAUGCCAGGAGCAGUGGAUGAGGCAUUUCACAACUCGAUCAAAACCUCACGCAGCAGCGUAGGUCAAAGCCCCAGUACACACCAUCACGACAAGUUCACUGGAAUCGGCGCAUUUUCUGGGUGCGGCAACUCUGCAGUCCUCUCCGGGUCCGCCAACCUCUGA